AUGAAGUUUAAGUUAUUUACAUUUUUUGUCCUUGGUUUACUUAAUGUAUUUUGUGGUGUAUCACCUCCAAAUGUUGGUGCACUGAAAAUUGAUACUGUGUUUUCUGAGAAAAAUACAGUAUUUGGUAAAAAUCUCAAGAAGGCCUAUAAAGAUGUAAUUGCUUCAUUAGUAAAAUCUGAAUCCCACGAAGUAGAUCAACUUUAUCUCGAACUUCUAUCUUAUAAUUCAACCUUUCACUAUAUGAUUAUUCUGAACAAUAAAGAAACUGAGGGAUCUUUACAGUAUUUUUCAGAAAAGGAGAAAAAGCUAUACUUCUUAUGUGAAGACAAAAUUGUUGAUUAUAUUGUAAAAAAUAAGAUCAAUAAAAUAGAAUUUUUGAAAAAGAAUUGUAUUGAGAAAAGCUUUGAAAACUACUUGCCUCAAUCAACUAAUAGAAAGUUGAUGCAGAAAAAUGAAACAGAAUCCGAAACUGAGAAGGAAUUAGAAAAGGAUGAAUUGUUACUUGAUAUUGACAAAGGAAAUACCAACGAAGAAUCGAAUAAUUGCGAGAUUGGUAUCAAAGAACCUCUUGAGACAAAUUCAGAAACAACUGAGAAAGAAAGUUCAACCUGUUGUUGUUUUAAAACGAAAAAUAAAUACAAUGACUUGGAAUCCGCAAUUUCAGAUAAUAGUGAGAAAUUAUCUGGAGAGGGUAAUUCUACAAAAUUUGAGGGAUUUGACAUAUCAGAAACUGUUGAAUCAAAAGAUGGGACAGUGAGUUUUGAAAUUGAAAUUAAUGAUAAGAAUUCAAUUUUCGAUGAAAUCUUGAAUGCCAUGAAAAGUGAAAAUGAAUCUAUAUUGGACUAUGCAUCCAUUGAGGAGCGAGAUCUGUCUAGUUCAGAACUGAAAGAAGCUUUGGAAGAAACAGAGAAGGAGAUCAACCAAAGAAAGGUGGAGAUUCGCAAACUUAAGGAAACAAAUGACUUGAGGGGAUUAAAUUCUUCAUCAAAAACAAAAUCACUAAGGUCUAAUCAAGGCAUUCCUUUGUUAAAAAUUGCAGAAAGCUUAACACAAAGAUUUUUUCAAACAGAACAGAAAGAAUUGGAAAAGUAUUUCACUCCCACAAAAACAAAAUUGCUACAAUUAGCAAUCUAUGAAUAUUUAGUUAUCCAUUCGACAUUAGAAGAUAAUCUUGAAAAAGUUGUUGAAAUUAUCAAUAAUGAAAAUGGAAUCACCAGAUUACGUUCUUUCUUCGGAGAUCACGUCAACUUUACUUCAAUUAAAUAUGUUUUUGAACAAUACUUUGCCAUAUUUGAUCAGGUUCAAAAGAAGAGACUUUACCACAAAUCAGACUUUAUCAGAUUUAUGUUAAAUCUAAGUACUAAUAAAUCAAACCCAAUGCUAAAUAGUCCAAUCUUCAAUCUAAAAUUGGAAAUUGGAUCUAUGAUAGUAUUCUAUUCAGAAAAUGACCCAAGAGUACAAAGAAUUGUCAUUGAAGAGGAAAUCAAUAAUACUAACAAACAGCUGUUCUAUAGAGAUCAUUCUUUCUUCAAUUUUUUGCUUGGAAAACACUUUUCAAUCAGGGAGAACGAUGAGAUAUUUAAGAAAACUCACGAAAUUAUUGCAAAAAACAGAAAUAAUAAUCCUUUGGACAGGCCAAAGCAAUGCUUCCUCCAGACAAAACAGCUUUUACUUGAAUACAACAUUUUUGAAAAUAUUCAGAAUGAUGAAGUUCUGAAAAUUAUUUGUCUCCAGACCUAUGGUCUGGUUGGUUUAUACUCUACUAUUGAUCAACUUUAG